UAAGGAAUUUUUUUUUAUUGUAUCUGAUAAGUUUCAUUAAGUGUUCUUAUAAAAAAUGCUUUCCUUAAACUGUGAAACAAAAAUAUAUUAGCAAGUUUCUUUAAAAUUAUUAAUCAUAGCUUUAAGAGAAGGACUUAAUUAAAGUCCUGUCUCUUUUAUUAAUUUGAUAUUAAGAGGCUAAAGUAUGAAAGGUCAAGCGGAGAAAAAUGGAUAUCGAUAAAGUAUCAGCAUGCGUGAGAAGUCAGCAGAAUGUCAUGCUCACGCAGGUCACGUGAGGGGCACAACAGAAAUGUGCUCACGUGAUCCUCCUACAUUACACUCAACUCUUACCAAGGCAAAUGGUAAAAAUUCAAAUCCCCAAUCAACACAUCAUUCAGAAGCACGUAUUGAUAAUAAUUUACUUCCAACUCCUGGUGGACGAUUAAAAUUUUUUAAAGACGGAAAGUUUAUUUUGGAAUUAUCCCAUCGUAGGGAUGGGGAAAGAACUACAUGGUUUCCAGUUCCAAAGAAAACCUUUUGGCCACCAGCUAGUACAACUCCAAAUAGACAAGAGAGUUCUACUUCUCUUAGUGUUUCUGAUGAUAAUUCAUCAGUACAAUCAAGUCCUUGGCAAAGAGAUCAUUGUUGGAAGCAAGCAAAUCCAAGACGUAGAAUAUCUACAGAGUUUAGUUUUUAUUAUUAUAGAAAUCCAAAAAAUCGUCUGUAUGCGCAUCCUCGCUUAAUCGCAAGAAAGCGUAGACGUCCAUUAGAUCCUACUUCUUUGUUACUCAUUCCAGAAUCAGUAACAAAUUAUACUAAACCAAUUCGUAAAGCAAAUGGUACAUCAACUGGAAAGGUUUUGAACCUAAUUAUUGACAAAUUGGCACGUCUUCUAGAUCCUAAUGUCGUUUCACCUCGUAAACGUAUUUUGCGCGAAUUAGAAAGAGUCUCAUUAGAAGAUCAAGCAUCGAAAAGACGCGCAACACCACAGCCAGUUUGUACAACAGCUCCUACUCCGUCAUCAAAACAAUUAUCUUCAUAUAGUAUAACGAGUAUUUUGGGAGAAGAUAAACCAAGUCAUGAGCAAGGUUUUUUGAGGAAUUUAUUAAAACCAGAUGAAAGGCAAACUGUGAAAUACUCAUCAAGUAACUCAUAUCCAAGAGUACGAAUGGAUCCAUACAUUGGUACGGCUAAUACACCUCUUCAGCAUCCACUUUAUGGUGUACCGAUGUUACCUCCUGGACCAUAUAGAGCUCCUUUAUGGAUGCAUUAUCCAUCACCCGUCCAUUAUCCACCUCCUAUGCCAUUAUAUGCACCACCACCACCUCAUCCACCAUCUCCUCCAGUUCAUCACUACAAAGAUUACAGGGAACAGACUCUUACACCUCCUUCAGAUAUGCCUCUAAAUCUGUCGAAGCAUGCGGGUUGAAUCUCAGGAUCCUAAAAGUUGGUGCCUUAUCAAUGGAUAAAAACUGCGCAAACACUGCCCGUGCAACGACAAUGCGAUAUAUUAGUAUUUUUUUAUUCGUAAACAGUAGUAUCAUAGUAAGUAGAAAUAUGCAUCUUGAAAGACAAAAACUGGAUGCUAUUCUUGUACAUAUAAAUGCAUAAAGUAUAGAAAUUGGCAUAGAUAUUUUAUAUUAAUCUUAAAUUAAAUCACAUACAUGAGUAGUAUUAUAUUAUUUUAAUUAUAAUUGAUCUUGUCUUAUGUAUUAUGUUCAUUUUUUUUAUUAGUUAUUGCUAAAAUAAUUUAAUAUGAUUUUCUCACUAUAUGGAAUCCAUGAAUGUGUUCACAUGUAAAAUUUCAUUUUUAUCAUUUUUACUACUCAUGAUAUAAAUAUUAAAAUGAAGAGAAAAAAGAGCAUGCUCUUAUUUUACAUCUCAUUUAUGCAUUAUCUUGUUAUUCUUAUUAAUAUUUCUGUCAUUAUUAUCAUUAAUCAAUGACUAUCCAUUUUAAAAAAAUCAUAAAAAAGACAUAGAAUUAUGUACAGAACAGAUUAUUCUCUAUAUUUAGUAUAAAUAUUCCUACAAAUAGUAAUAUGAUAAUAAAUUUAGAUUAACGAAAUCCGCAACAGUAUACAUUUAUUUAUACGAUAUUAAUGAACAAAAAAUGAAAUUGCUUGGUAAAGACCGUGGGGUGUGCCUUAAGAUUACCUAAAUUGCAAAAAACUAAAUUAUAAACACAUUCAUAUAAUGAAUAUGUAUUAUUAUUACUACUAUUACUAUUGUGUACAUAUAAAUAUAAUUUUGCCUUACGUAUCCGCCUCAAAUCGAUUAUUCGUUAUUAUUUAUUGUUAGUCAGAUGCAUUACCAAACGUUUUACGUGAAAGGCAAGCUCACACAGGCUCUACAAACUAGUGAGUAAUUUUAAUUCAUUUACAUACAUUUUUUUAUUAAAAUAGAUAAAAAUGUGACUGCGCGUAAGCAAUUGUAUAGAAAGACUAAUUUCGUAAAUAUAUAAAUAUUUCAUAUACUAUAUGAAAGCUUUUCAUUUAUCGUCACGUUAUAUGUUUUUGUG